GGGGGCCGGCUCACGGAACGUUUUUCUUUGAAGAUUUUUUUGUUUUCAGGGUGAGAACUCGAGCUGCUGGUGUUCGCCUAUAAGUAUGCGGCCGACAGAACUUGUCGCCUCUUCCAAGAGUAGAGCCCAUCAGGGGGCGCGAACACGGUGUGAUCCGAAGGCCUCCAGGAACCCGACUUCCGUUCGGCUGCCGGAAGAAGAAUCGAGGCUGCCCCGGAAACGGAAGCGGGGAGUGCGCGCUCGGGCCGUCGCUGAGGAGCCGACUGGCCCGGGCCGCGAGGAUGAAGGAGGCGAAGCCGGAGCGGGAUCGGAGGCAGCGGCGUCGGCGUCGGCGCCGGCGGGAGGACGAGGACGAGCCGGGGGGAGCGGCGGGGGUCGAAGUGCUGGUGCCAGACCUGUCGCUGGUGAAGCAGGAGCGGCGUAGCCCGACCCCCCAGUCCCGCUCUCACCGGCCCCGGCCCCGGGCCAGGCGCGGCUCCUCAGGGAGUCCAAGCCCGGCGCCGGACGAGGAGGCGCCACUGCCGGCCCCGGCCCCGCGAGCCCGCAGCGCUCGAGCCUCCGGCGACCGCGCCAGUAGCUGCAGCAGAUCACCAACCAAAAGGAAAAACAAGACCUUUGGGAGAAGAAGCAGAUCUCCUCGGAAUAAGAGAAGCCGUAGCCCUCAUCAUCCUGUAGUCAAGGUGAAGCAGGAACGUGAAAGUGAAAGCCGUCCCCGGAGAGGAAGAGAUGAAAGGCAACACAGGGAGCAGUCAGAACAAGAACACAGGCGAGAGAGAAAUGGUGAUCGGGACAGACACCAUAGCCAUUCUAACCAGAGGAAGACUACUAGUGAGAGGCCUAGUGGUGGGAGGAACCGAGAUGCCCAGAACCUACAGGAACAAGAAGCAGAAAGAGAGUUUUAUAACUCUCGUCGACGAGAGCGUCGCCAGAAGAAAGAUGUGGGUGGCAGCAGUGAUGAGAAUCAGGAGAUUGUUCUGCAGUCUGCUGGUGGCCACAGUAAAGGAAAAGACCCACCAAAUAAAGAGAAACCCAGUUUUGAACUGUCGGGGGCACUCCUUGAGGAUACCAACAUGUUCCGGGGUGUGGUGAUAAAGUAUAGUGAGCCUCCAGAAGCUCGGAUCCCAAAGAAACGCUGGCGCCUUUACCCCUUUAAGAAUGAUGAGGUGCUCCCUGUCAUGUAUAUCCACAGACAGAGUGCUUAUCUUCUGGGCCGGCACCGUCGAAUUGCAGAUAUUCCUAUUGACCACCCGUCCUGCUCAAAGCAGCAUGCAGUAUUUCAGUAUCGGCUCGUAGAAUACACACGUGCUGAUGGAACAGUUGGCCGAAGGGUAAGGCCAUAUAUCAUCGACCUUGGCUCAGGCAAUGGGACCUUCUUGAACAACCAGCGCAUUGAGCCACAGCGUUACUAUGAACUAAAGGAGAAAGAUGUGCUCAAAUUUGGGUUCAGUAGCAGGGAAUAUGUACUGCUCCAUGAGUCUUCAGACACCUCCGAGGUGGAUAGAAAAGAAGAUGAGGAUGAGGAGGAGGAGGAAAUAUCUGACAGCUAGCAAAUUCAGAAGAAGCUCCUGUAGCUGCUAAGAGAAUUUUUCCUUUGUGGAAGGCCUGGACUUGGGAUUUAAAGAGCAGAGCAGCACUCCCUGGUGCCUCUUAUUGCCUUAAGUCUUUCCUCUGUUGCUGAUCAGCUUAUGUUAAAAUUUAAGAAAUUUGAUAAUUUGUGCUUUUGGUUGAACUUAUUUCUGUGAUCUGUUAGCCACACAAGUGUGGACAUUUGCUUUCAGAAUAAUUUCACCAAUAACAGUCGUCCAUUGUGUGCAGUUGAAGCAUGAUGGUGUGGCAUGAGUUGGUGCUCUGGAAACUAUUGCCUGGUAACUUUAGACCCUUGGUUAAAAAGAGAAAUGAGGCAUGUUCUCUUUGUGCGGCUAUUUACUUUGUACAGUGACUUAUUAAGAAAUAUGGACCAGCCAUUUUUCACAUUUUAUUUUUUGUAAAUACCUAGACAGAGAAUUUAGCCCAAGUUUUGGUUGUCAUCAAAGCAGAUUCCCAUUAUAUAUACUGAAACUUCAGUCCAGUUAAUGCUGAAUCAUAGAGAUCUAUUUCAUUAUUUAGGUCUUUGGGGAUGAGAAUUUCACCAUACACGACCUUAUUGACUGCUUAUAUGCAAAUAAAUGUUGGGUCCUGAUGAAAUACAUGACAGGGCAAUAAAAUCAUGGCUAUUGCAGGGAAGAAAUUAAAAUGGGCCAUGUAUCUGUUUCUUACAUAAAAAGAGUCUAUAUUUCCUGAAGUAGCCUGGGUCUGUCAUUAAUUUGGAUUUUUCUUGUCUCUUUAACUGCUUUGCACUUACUAUAAUAUCCCUUUUUUUCUCCUAAUUCAUAGUGUCACUUGUGUGGGAGGAUUACCUCAGAUGUUGGAGCAGUCUGUUCAUUUUAACUAGCUUUAUGUGUGCUAGAAAGAAAUUUUUGUUUUACUUAUUUUUUUUUAAUACCCUGAAAAGCCAUUGUCUGCCAUCUUUCUCCCCGGCCCCCCCCCCCCCGCCCCCCCAUAUGCAGAGAGGAACUGAGGCAAGGGAAACACCUAUUUACAGAUCUUCCCCAAGUCCGAAUGUGUGUUCAUCAAAUUUUGUCUGUGUACAUAUAUUGUAUAUAUAAAUUGGAUGAGUGUGUGUGUGGGUGGGUGUGGGUGGUGGCUGGAGGUGUAUACUUCUAAGUGGUACGCUUCUGAGUGGUUUUUUUGUAAUGUAAAUGGAAUACUACAUUAUUAUGAGUAAAGGCAUAGAUCACCCUGUUAUUUGAAUAGCAGGAUCUCAUUUAUAUAUAGUUUGGGAUUACACAAUAAAAGAAUUUGUAAAUGUAGUCCAUCUCAGCCCCAGAGUGUAAUACUUUUCUAGUAUAAAGGGUUUUAAUAUUUUUUGCUUUUUAAAAAGGUUUAAAUUUAAUUUUUUUUUGAAGUGGAAAUAAAUGGUAAUUGAGAGGGAAAGAGGUGGGAACACCACUGACAACCUGAACUAAAUUCCAGAUCAUUAAUCCAUAUAAAUGAGUGUUGAACAUUUUGAAGCAUCAGUGCUUUCUAAAUUGGGAGUGAAAUGUUUAUCCUUACCAGUGAGUGUAAAGAAGCUUUUGUGCAUGCUAUGUAUAGUUGGCUCUGUAUAAACCAAGGCCUGAUUAUUCAGUCGAUGGAUUAUCUGUGCCCUUCCUCUCUUCCCCUCCCAUAGGGCCUUGCUAUUUCAAUAUGCGCAAACACCACUAUCAGAGUGCUGGUGAGGGAAAGAAAAAAAAAAUGAAAAGUCAAUCUGUUUUGUUAUUAAUUAGUUCUUAGGUUGAAAUGUAUGAGACUUUGAGAUUAUCUAUGCAUGUUGGUUAUCUAUCCCUGCUUUUCUCCCAAUGUAUCUUGUUAUGGAUGAUGCUCAUACAGCUGGCCAAUGUUGACCACCAAUAUGUGGUGACAUGGAGUGGGGUUUAGUGUUCAUUGUUCAGCUUGGGGGACAAAAACCUUGGAAAACACCUGAAGCUUAAAAUUUUAAAAGGGCAAAAACUUAGCAAUUUGCAGUUUGCUUUUCCCUAGUUCUCCAGUGACUUUGCCAGUUACUACAUGCUUAAUGUCCAGCAUCCAAUGUAUGCAUGUAUAAAACCCAAUUUUGUGUUCUUAAAUUUUCUUUGAAACAGACAGAGUUUUCCCUUGGCCUGCUCUUGCUCUUGUCUGUCUCUCACUGCGGUGCCUCUUUGAUCAGUUGUGUUGGUACACUGAUUGCCAGUGGGUUGUGAGAUCACAUACUACAAGGCAGCUUUAAGUUUUACUUCCAGCCUUUACCCUGGUGGAUGUAUCAAUAGAGCAUAGAGAAAAUAUUCCUACAUGCUGAUGGCACAGACAGAUGUUUUUCUACCAGGUUUUCAUCUUGACAAACAAGUAAUGGUUCCUGGAUUCAAUGAUUCUGAUGGAAGAUUUCUUUAUAAAGGAUGGGAACAGUGGGCCUGGAAGCAAGGUCAGCUGAGAUGUGAUUCUCUUCUAGCUCCAAAGCCAGGUAUCACCAGCAAAUUUCUAAACGGGAGUGGUGACAAACAUUGUUCUUAUAUCUUCUGUCUGAGAAACGUGCUUAGUUGGACCAUUUUUGUUAACUCUUCUACCAUCUCUCAUCAAACCCUCCUGGUUUGUUUGCAGUACCUUUUCUAUUCCAAGGAAGAAUGACUGUCUAAACCAAAGCAAAGUGAAAAGCAAAAUGCUUUUGAACUGAUCACUUGCAUCUCCUUACUGAAUUCUGCAGUCUCAAGUUGAGUCCCAUUUCCUCAAAACGUCACAUUAAAUGUUUUCUCCAGUCAUACCAUAGUUACCCCUCCUUCCUCUUAGAGACAAGCAGCAUCUCAGUAAUUGUAAUUUGUGAAGCAACCUUUAUCCUGCUUUUGUGAUAAGAGCAGAAUUAAUAGCUUGUGUCUAUAAAGAAUAGUUUUGUUUGGGUUGGAUUUUUUAAAUGGAAUUUUUAUUACUGUAUUUACAUCAGUAUGCCAGUAUGCAAUGCAGCAAGGUUUUGGAAAUCUCAUCACUUUUUAAAAAAUAGACUUUCAGGAUGAUUAUUAUUUGAUAAAUAGUACAAAUGUUUACAUUUUAUAAGUCCUUCACCCUCCCCCCUUUUAAAAUCAGUUAUUUGGGCAAGAAAUGAAAAUGUUAAGUUGAAAUAGAGUUUUCAUGUGGUAUGUUCAGGUAUAUGCCAGCAGUCUCUGAAGAUUAAGAUAAAAGUAUUCAGAAUAUACUGUGUUCACAAAUGUAUAUAAGUUUGUAUCAAGUGAAAUAGCCACUCACUUUUAAAUUAAAGUUUUGGAAUUAAAAUUUUUUUUUUGGCUUUGAUCUCUUGGUAACUUGGAGGGGGGGUAUACUUUAACAUAGGAACUAAAUUAAAGAGAUAACUGAUUGUGUUUAUCAUUGCACUUUAAGAUCUCAGUA